GCCCCAAGUCCCCGUGCCUUGAGAAGUAUGCUCUGUUAGCUGUGGCGUAUGAUUCCUUUUCUCGUGUUUAUUUCGGAUUAUAACAACAGCAGAGAGAUUUUUUUUUUUGCAAAAAAAAAAAAACAAGCAGCAGAAAGAUACCCAUGGCCACCGUGGAGGAGGUGGGGAGAGGCGGCAUGGUUACCAUUUGCCUUCCUCCUCUUUCCAAGGAGGACCCUUUGCUCUCGGGAAAGAAGAGGUUAUCAGACGCCAGGAACCUCAAAUUUAAGUAUCAGUUACCAGCGUCCUCAUCAACUGAGGAGGUGCUUCAAAUAUUGGAUCAGAUAGUUCAAGCUACUAGAAUACUGCAUAUGGAUGAGAUAGAGCUUUAUUUUGCUGGAGAUGAUGAUUGUGGUCCGUACAGCCCGAGGAAUGAGCUUGAAUCCCUUAACUCAAUACUCAUAGUCAUAAAUUCUUUGCUCUCUGGUGCUAAAAAUGAUAUCAUACAAGUUUUGCACGUGUUGAAGAACAGAAUAAUGACCAUGAUCAAUUCUGUUGCGGUCCAAAAUAUUCAUGAAAUGAUCAUUGAGAAGUUAGAUGCUGAUACUGAGGAGAUGCUAUUGACAUGGGGGGAAGAUCAUGGAGUGAGAACCAAGUUGAAGAUAUCUUAUUUUAAGGAGGCUGGAAGAGGAGCAGUGGCAUCAGAGGAUCUAAGCAUCGGGGACAUUGCUUUGGAAAUCCCUGAAUCUCUCAUCAUAUCUGAGGACCUUGUUCGUGAAUCUGAUAUGUAUGACCCAUUGAAGAAAUUGGACGGUAUCGCCUCUGAUACAAUGUUGUUAUUGUGGAGCAUGAGAGAAAGGUAUAACUCCAAUUCAAGAUUCAAGAUUUAUUUUGACACAUUGCCUGAAGAAUUUAAUACAGGCUUGAGUUUUGGAGUUGAUGCACUUUCUGUAUUAGAGGGAACUCUUCUGCUAGAAGAACUAUUGCAAGCUAGAGAGCUCCUGCAUCAACAAUAUGAUGCAUUAUGCCCCAAAUUGUGUGCUAAUUACCCCAACAUAUUCCAACAAGAGCUAUACACAUGGGAUAAAUUUCUAUGGGCUUGUGAGCUCUGGUAUUCUAAUGGCAUGAAAGUUGUCCUGUCUGAUGGAAAGUUGGGGACAUGCCUGGUUCCCAUUGCUGGGCUUCUCAAUCACUCGCUAUGCCCACACAUACUUCACUAUGGACGUGUGGACCAAUCAACAAAAUCUUUAAAAUUUCAUGUAUCAAGGCCAUGCAAAGCAGGAGAACAGUGCUAUCUUAGCUAUGGAACCUUUCCUGGAUCUCAUCUGAUCACCUUUUACGGUUUUCUUCCGAAAGGAGACAACCCUUAUGAUGUCAUACCUCUAGAUUUUGAUGACUGUUGCAAUGAGGAUGGUAGAAGUAACGAAACAUGGACUGGUGAAAGUAGUAGAACCACUCACAUGGUUCGAGGGGCAUGGCUGUCCAAGAGUGACAGGCCUCAUACAUAUGGCUUGCCCCCUCCAUUGUUGGCUCAUCUUCGCUCUGUUUUGAAGGGUGAUGGCAUCGAGGAGCCUCCUGAAGUUCCUAAAGCAGAUAUGCACAAGGAACAUGAAAGAGCAGUGCUCAAAACAGUUCUGUCCAUUUUUAAUCCAAUGUUGGAAGGAAUAGGCGAUUCAGAUGAUUUCGACUGGGAUAAUUCUCGUUGGGAUGUAAAACUUGCAUUCGACUACAAAGAUCUACAGAGAAGGAUCAUUUCUUCUGUUACAAAGUCUUGUUACUCUGGCCUUGAAAUGUUGGAUGCAUCAGCAUGAGGUCAUAUGACUCAUCAAAUGCCCAAUCGUAGCAUUUUGACUAGUGUGAAGGAUGUGCGAAAGGUGGGUUUAAAGUCAAAAGAUGAGAGCAUCUCUUGGUCCAGCAAGCUUAUCAUACAUGUCAUUGAUGAUGGACCGAGAUACACCACACCACCAAAUUUAAUAGGCUUUCUAUUUAAUCAGCAGCAUAUUUAUAAUUCUUUCCACCUGUUUAAAGAUGCUUUUAGGAGCACCCGUGCUAGUGUAUAAUUAAAAGGAAUUCAAUCUUUAUGUCACUAGCUGCUUAUUUAAGUAAUCUUGGUCAUCAUUAUCAGAACC